GCUGGUGCUUCAGGAACGCAUGGCAAGGACGAGCUCGAGAGCAGGCCCUUCCCCGUGGCACCUGCAAGCAAAAGGCGAAGCAACGCGCGACGAGGAGAAGGGCGCCUCCGCGGCGACCGCGGUCGCCGCCGCUGCCGCCGCUGCUUUGCGUGCCGAUCCUUUCGUGGGCGUCGGGGCGGACGAUGGUGGUGUGGAAACGGACCGGAGGCGCUUGGCAGAAGGGUCGGGGGGGGGGAAGCGAAAGUCAACGGUGCUAGUGAUCAACACCGGGGGCACGCUCGGGAUGAGGAAGGAAGACAAGUCGGGCGGCCUGGCUCCCGUGCCGGGCUACUUCACCUCGCAGAUGCUCACCAUGGAGGAGCUGGUGAUCGCGGACGACAUGCCGUUUUUCGACAUCGUGGAGUACGAUCCUUUGCUGGACAGCUCUUGCUUCGAGCCGUCCGACUGGGCCCGGAUCGCCAUAGACAUCGGCCGCGCCUACCACUGCUACGACGGUUUCGUGGUUUGCAUGGGAACAGACACGAUGGCCUACGCGGCAAGCGCACUAAGCUUCAUGCUGGAGAACCUCGGGAAGACGAUUCCGCUAGCGGAGGUAUACAACGAUGCGCGUCGCAACGUGGUAGUGGCCAUGAUGAUCGCGGGCAGCCAGAAGAUACCGGAGGUGUGCCUCUUCUUUUCCAACAAGCUCUUGCGAGCGAACAGGGCGGUGAAGGUCGACAGCCUGGCGCUGACGGCCUACGACUCGCCUAACUUUGCCCACCUGGGGGACCUUGGCGUGAAGAUGCGGUACCGCAGGGACGUAGCGCUUCCCCCGCCGCGGGGGCCGUUCCGUGUGCACACCAACAUGGACUCUAGGGUGGUGGUGAUCAAGCUCAUACCCGGGUUCGACGACCACGCCCUCCUCGCCCUGGUGGAGCACUGCACCGCGCUGAGGGCGGUGGUGCUGGAGCUGUACGGCACCGGCAACAGCCCGAGCCGUCGGGAAGACUUCGUCCAGUUCAUUAAGAUGGCGAAAGCGAAGGGGAUACUGGUGAUGGCAGUGACGCAGUGCCUCAGGGGGGGCGUGAGCCUCGGCGCCUACGCCGUCGGGGUUGCGCUCGAAGCUAACGGCGUUGUCUCUGGCGGGGACAUGACCACCGAAGCGGUGGUUACCAAGCUUGGCUACCUGUUCGGGCUCACCAACGACAUGCAGGCGAUCAGGCGGCUGAUGACGCGGAAUCUCCGGGGGGAGCUGUCGCCCUCGAACAGCUUCCGGCACCCGCUGAUCGGAGAUGCCGAGGAUAAGGUCGAAGCCCGACACGGACCUUCGGAGAGCCCGAACGGCUUGAGCUCUUCUUUGGGACCAUCGUCGAAGUUGUAG